AAAUUUAAAUUUCGAUAAUCUACAAUGACAAUCAACAACAGUGUUAUUUAUUUUGAUAUUUUAGCUGUAAAACAUUAUUUAUAGAUAUAUAAAUGAAAAUGGAAUCCAGAUAUAUAGAAGCAAUGAGCAAGGAGGGUUGUGAAACAUGUAGCAUUCAAGACUGUUUCAAUAAACUUUGCAACAUUUUCUUAAAAAAGUUGACAACUAAAGUUUCAAGUUUUGUACGUCAUAAUGAUGCUUAUUUUAUGCAAAAACUAAAAAAGAAGUUAUACGAAUCUUUGUAUUUAAGUCUCUACUCGCCUUAUAUAAGUUUAUCAAACUUUAAUAAACAAAUUAUGAAAAUUUCUCUUGAGCCGUUAAAUGUUUAUAAUAUGGUUGCAGAAAAAAUAUUUAAGCUUCAGAUAGAUGGUCGAACAAAUGAAGCUGAUCAACUUUACAAUUGCUCUCAAAAUUUGAAGGCAUUGAAUAAUAAUUCAGUUGAUCAAGUUUUUCUUUUCUUGAUACUGUUAGCAAAUGAUGUAAAUAAUAAAACUAAUGAAAAAAAACUACAAUUUGAAAAAAACUCAAAAUUUUCAUCACUAUUUUUUCAAAAUGAUUUACGAGCAAUGCAUAUUGAUAAUUGUGGAAUUGAUCAAUUCGGAAGUCACCCAGCAGAUUUUAAGUUUGAAACAAAUUCUGAAGUUUUUGAUUUAUUACCGGGUUCAUAUUUUGAAGGAAGUACACCAUGUUUAUACAAACAGGAUCACAAAGAAUCAGAGUUUUCAUGUAAAACGAGGCUCUCACUUUUUGGAGGUCUUGUUAGUAGUCAUGUGACAUCAAUCAAUGAGAAACUUUCAAUACCUGACUUGCCAAUGAAUUUUGAAAACUUUGCAGAGGAAUCUUUAGUUAGCAGCAAGUUGUUUACAGAUGAAGGUUUUGUUGAGCUCUCAAACUUUUCUACACCUUCUAAAAGUCCUGAGCCAAGUGAACAAUAUGAAAAACAUAAUUUAAAGAGUAUAUGGGACUAUGCAUUCAGUUUAGGAAAAGUUUUGCCAUCUUGGGAGAACAGUCAUGGAGCAAUAACAAGCAACAAAUAUAUAUCUGAACUUGGAAAGAAAGGUUUUGAUUGUUUGUACAACAUAAGAAUAUCAGGAAUUGAACGCAUCAUUGGAUGUUCACUUCAGGCUGUUGUAAUCUCUGAAGAACAAUUGUAUCGAGAUUCAUUACAUGUUUUAAUAGGGAUUCAUUCAGAAAGUUACAAUUUUUGUCAAGACAGCUGUACAUUUGUGCCUGCUUUAAAUUAUCGAUGCUCUGGAUAUAGUGCUGAAGCUAUUAAUGGAGUUAUGUUAAAGUUUGCAGCUGUGGGAACAAGCUAUUGUAGACUGAAUAAAUUUUGUUUGUAUUAUGCUGAAAAUUCUCUUUUAUACCAAAAUGGUGGUUUAGUAUUAAAAGCUUUUGUAAAUGCGAUGAAUAAUGUACUCAGUUCAUAUUGGUCUGCAAUUUUUAUUACAGAAGGAAAAGAAGAAUUUUCAUUAAUGGAACUUUGGCAUAUGUUUAGUAAAUUUGGAAGUCAAUUACAGUUUUUAACAGAUUUGUGUCUUUGCUCUGAAGCAUUUCAAAAAGCGGAACAUGAGAGACCAAAAGCAGAACAUGAGAGACCAAAAGCAGAACAUGAUAGACCAAAAGCAGAACAUGAAAGACCAAAGUUUCCUGUUGGUGCCAGCUUGCUAUCAUACUUAUAUUCACUCUGCAUACAUAAUUCAUCCACACAACAAUACCAAAUCUUGCUUUAUCUUUUUAAAGCAGUUACUGUACCAUACAUUACCUUUAUUAGCAAUUGGAUCUUUGAAGGAGUGUGUGAUGAUCCGUAUGAUGAGUUUUUUGUCAAGAUUGAUCAAAAAUCGCUUAGUUAUAGAGACAAGCAAUUUUGGACAAAUGGAUUUCAAAUGAAGCAUAAUAAAGAAAACAUACCAUUAUUUUUGGAUAGUAUAGCAGAAGAAAUUUUUGCAUGUGGAAAAACUAUUAACUUGAUUAAACUUGUUAAUAGCAGACACUAUCUCUUUGAACAGCCAAAUGCUAUUCCCAAAAUAAGAAUAACGUUUUCUCCAACAAAACUUGACUUAAUUGAACAAGAUUGUAAGCAAUAUAUAAAGUGUGUACAAGAAAGUGAACAAAGAGAUAUUAUUAAUAAAAAGAUUCAGAAACUUAGUAAAGAUGAAGUGUGGCAAACAAAAAUACACAAAGAAAAACAAGCUGCAAAGGCUGCUUUAGCCCAACUAAGAGAAUUAGAACAAACUGUCAGACUAGCAAUGCAAAAUAAAAAGAAACAAUUGUUUAAUGAAGUCCAAAAUCAGUUUUAUGCUGCUUUAGAGGAGAGAAAUAAAAAAAAAGAAAUAAAGUUGGAGGAUGACAAACAUUGGUUAAAUGAAAUGAAAAAAAGAAAUGAGAAAGAAGAUCAUAUUCAGCUAAAAGCAAGAGAAGAGCUGGAAAUGUUUUAUCAAAAAAUCUCUACUCAAGUUGACCAAAGAGAAUUCCAUGCUCAUUGGUUAAUAAGGCGUUUCAAACUUUCUGAUAAACGUUUACAAUUUUUAAAAAAAGAAGAAGAAAUUCAAGAAAUUAGUUUAAAGAGAAUGAAUUCAAACAUUCCUAAUGCCAAACUUGAAAUCGAUUUUACAGACUCUGCUGUUACAGUCAUGGACUCCAUUUUGGAAUCUAUUAAAAUAGGAUCCAAAUUCCUCAGUAGUGAUUCUACUAAAGAUGACUCUGAUAAUUGUACUAAUUCUAGUAAAGAUGGUUGUACUGUUGAUACAGAUGAUACUUACCACCGACAUACUGACUUAAUUGAUACUACUAAACUAACAGAAGUAGGUUAUGAAGAAUUAUUUUUGCCAGUAAGAUCAACCACACCUAUAUCUAUAGUAAGAUCAACCACACCUAUAUCUGCAAAGACUUAUAAUCAAGAAUAUAGUGAGGCUAAAGAAUUAAUUUAUCAGGAAAAAAUAUAUAAUAAUAAUAAUGCAACAUUGUCUAAAAAUGCGAAUAAAACGCUUUUUUUUGAAAAAGAUGCAAUACUCAAUAGCCCUCAUACUCAAGAGCACAGUGAAGCUAAAGAGUUAAUAUAUCCUAAUAAACUCACUUCAGAUAAUCUUUUAUUAUCUAGCAGUAUUGGAGAUGAAAAAACUUUAAAGUAUUAUGAAAAUAAGGAGCUAUGUUUAGAAAACAGAAUGGAAAAAAAUGUUAAUCAAUAUGCAGAUGAUAAAACAAAGAAUCUUUUAAAUUUUAAUGAGCAACUAGAAUCUGUUGUCAAUGCGUUACCCAUAAGAAAUUCUAAUAGUGAAGGCUCUGAUACUUACAACCUAUUAUAUCCAACUGAUGCAUCUGACUUUCGAUCUAGUUUUUCAAAUUUGAAAAGUAGCAAAGAGAAGAAUGUUCAAACCUUUAGUGACCAGUCUUUAACUUCUCAGGUUAUUGUAGAUACAUUUCCAGAGUUGGUUGCAGAAAAUAGCCAUUUUUUACAGUACUCUGAAAAUAAGUUACAAAUGGUACAUAAUGCUUUACUAUCUGAAGGGAGGGAAACAAAAACCUUGCUUUACCAUUCAGAACAUCUCCCUGAUACUUUUGAUUCCACCAGAUUUUCUGUUUCAGAAGGAUCUGAUACCUAUAAUUUAUUAUACCCAACGGAUAAUACAAAUUUUCAAUGCACAAUCUUAAGUUCUAGAGGAUGUAAACAAGAAGGAUCAGAAGCUAAAGAACUUAUUUACCCCUCACCUGAACCAUGUUCCUCACAGAUAAAUGAAAGUCCAACAGUUUUUCAGGUUUCAGUUGUAGAAAAAGGCCAAGUUAAUUGUAUAGACAAUCAAUCAAAAGUUGAUAAUAGUGUGCUUUUAUUGGAGAAAGAAAAAGAUAAAACUAAAAAAUUAGAGCAUUCUCCAAAAACUGUUGAUUCUAUUAGAACUUCUCACAUACAAAGUUUAGAUACAUACAAAACAUACCCAACUGAUGUUUUUGAUGUUCAGAAAAACAUCGCUAGUUCUAGGGGGUAUAAACUUGAAGGAUCUGCAAUGAAAGACCUUAUCUAUCAGUCCGUUGAUUCUGUUCCACAAUCAUCAUUAAAAUCAUCAGACUUUCAAGGAUUAGUUACAAAAACAGUUUUAAAUCCUAAUGAAAGGAUGCCUAAUAAUGUCUCAUCAAUAUUACCUCAUCUCUACCCACAAAGAUAUCCAACUUUAGAACAAGGAGUCUUAAAAAGUCUCAAGAAGUCUGAACCUGCAGCUAAAAUUAAGGAGUUGAUGUAUCCAUCAGUUGUUCUAGAAACCCCUAAAAAGCAAACUAUAUCUAAUAUGACAAAGGAAGAGAUUUGGAUGGAUUCCAUUGUUGAACCACUGCAAGAUAACUUUGAGGCAAUGGAUUUAGAACCACAACCAUAUCGUUUUGGAAAUCAAGCGAUGAUGUCACAAAACAAUUUAGAAGUAGACAAUGAUACUGAUUUUAUUAACCAACUUCCUUUGGAGACAAUAAUUAAUAGUUCGUUGCGAACCACUAUUCAAACACAAAUUUCUCUGGUGAAUAAAUCAGUUGUGCAAUACUUUAUUGGUGAUCUUGACAUUGAAGUUCAUUUUGAUGCAUUCCGCAAGUUUUUAUUACUUGAGGAUGGGGAGUUUGGUCAUAGCUUAUGCAGUCAGUUAUUUUCUAAGGUAUCAUCUGGAAUGAAUCCUCAAGAUUUUUGCAAUUCAAUACAUUUAAACAAUAUCAUCAUUGAAGCUUUGCGAAUUUCUCUUUAUGCAUCUCGCAUAAAAUACUCAAACCAACUUGCAUUUUCAUUAAAGUCUCUUCCUGAACAUUUCAAUGUCUCAGAAGUUUCUGUUCUUGAUUUUUUAGAACUAAGAUACGGGGUACCAUGGCCUUGCAAUAUUGUAGUAACUGAAAACAGUAUCAUCAAAUAUAAUAAGGUGUUCUCUUUUUUACUUCGUUUAAAAAAAGCUGGGUGGAGUUUGCAAGAAGUAUGGUUAAACCUAAAAAAAGCAGGUUAUAGUCGAAAAGCGGCUAGCUCACCAGAAUUGAGACAACUGCAACUCUUUCGUCACGAGAUGCAGCAUUUUGUUAAUAACUUGGAACGGUACAUUGUUAAUCAAAUUUUGCAUGUAAGUUGGAGAGAGUUUCAGCAAGAUCUUCGUCAAAAAGUUCACAGUCUGGACGAUCUUCAUAAGUGCCAUGUCAAUUAUCUUAACAGAAUUAUAUUUAGGUCGCUGCUCAGUAAAAACGCCACUCCAGUUUAUAAGCUUAUAACAGAUAUUUUUGGACUUAUUUUAAAGUUUGAAGGGAGACUGCGAUUGUCGCCAUGGGAAAAUGAUAAGCAAACAGGAUAUGUUAAACAUCCCUUCUUUAGCAAGUUAAAAUCUAUUCAUGAAACUUUUAAACAUUGCACAGAGUUUCUAUUCUCAAUAAUAUCAAAAUUAGUACGUGGUGGUUACCAAGACCACUUAGACGAUCUGUUGCUGCAAGUAAACUUUAACGACUUUUAUACGACAGCCGUCGUCAAAAGUUAAAGAAUAUCGUGCUUUUUUUGACUAUUAUUUAUUGUUAUUUUUGAAGUAAAAUCAUUUUUGUGAUAUGUUAUUUCAGUGUUGCACUGUAUUGCUUCAAAUAAUUACUUUUGUGAGAACUAAGUUUCCCACCUAGUAACUAAGUUGGUAAGAGUAUCAAUCAAAUGGACAGCUAGGGGGUGCGAAUAAGUAAAAACACUUAUUUGAAAAAAUGUAUUUAUCAUUUUGUAUUUUACAAUGUAUAUAUAAUUUAUAUAAAAUUUAAACAAA